AUGGACCCCAACAAUGAGGAGGCCGUCUGGGUUACCGUGGUACUUCACCCAGAGAUGGAAUAUACCAUACCGACGAAGAGAUUCCAGAUCCGAAUGAAGCGAGAGGGUAUUAGCCGGUAUGCGCUGCAUAAUCAUGGGAAAGUGCAUAUUUCGCUCCCGAUCAUAAAUCGAACAGAAGACACAUAUAAAAUUCUACUCCAUGCUGAGAAUGAUGAUCACGCGUGGCUCAAGUUGGUAACCGAUAGGACAGUCGCUAUUGUCCGUAAUAUUGUUUUCAGGUGA